AAAACUAUCGUGUUCCUUCCGGCACAACAGUAGAACUGGUCAUAUACAAAAUUCAUCGUGACCCAGCACAGUUUCCUGAUCCAGAGGUGUUUGACCCUGACCGCUUCCUGCCUGAGAACAUCAACAAGCGUCAUCCCUACGCCUACAUCCCUUUCAGCGCUGGACCCAGGAACUGCAUUGGUCAAAAGUUCGCAAUGUUGGAGUUAAAAAUCCUAGUGAGCAGCAUCUUGAGGAGAUUCAGGGUGGAGAGCGUCGUCCCCAGAGACCAACUCAAGCUUGUCCCUGAACUCAUUCUUAGACCUGUUAAUGGCAACUUCGUCAAACUCUUCCCCAGGACAAAAUAAUGAGCAUAAGAACACCCAGAAACAAGCAACCACAUGAACCAAGACAUUAAUAAUAACAGUACUAGUAUUGUAGCUUUAAGACAUCACAAAAAUACUGCCUUUGUUGUUUAGCAAAAAGUACUGGAAAUAACAGCACAGGACAAUGUACUGGAAUGAGCAAAUUGAUCUAACGAUCUAACAAUUAUUAAAUCAUCCUUGACAACCAACAUAAACUGGAAAAUUUUAUGUCUAACAAAGUUUAAUUUCUAACAUCUUUGCUAUCUUGAUAUUUCCCAAGAUUUUCUUUACUUUUGAGGUGCUGAUGUGAAGCUUCAUAACUAAUUACAGACUGUAAAAAUAAUAAGACACCUACAGCAGAACAUAAAUGUUUACACAAUAAUUUGUUUAACCAUGAUAGUUUUCUAUUCAUCUUCAUGGUUAAACACUGUCUUUUAGAAACUUGCUCCAUUCUGACUAUUGCUUGUAUUUUGCGUUCAACUGUUUGCCUCCAUUUUGUUUGCAAAACUUACAAAAGUCGAAGUUCCAAUAUAUCAUUACUUUUGAUUCCAUUAUACUGUGACUUUCUCUCCUCACACUAACAUUCUCCCUCCAUGCUUUACCAAGUUAUGUAACUAACCCAUAUACCAAGUUGGGCACAAUAACUCAUUCAGGUUUGUAGCUUUUUCAUAUAAGAAUAUUGUUACUAAUAAAAAAUAAUAACUAUU